GAUGUGCUCACGUCCCUGCACAAGAAUGUAGUUAACGGGAAUAAGGGACAAAAAUGCCAAGAUAGAUUGCUUUGGAAUGGAAUAGGUUCAACAAAACUCUGGUAAUGGCACAUACAUGUUUUAGUUUCAAUGCCUGCUGCAACGGAUUGACGUGUAAACCCGAAAUGCACGCUUUUUAGCACAUCAUUUGCACGACAAGGUUUGUGUGGGAGUGACCAGAAAGGAUCCUUUGAGAAGAGAAAAGUCAACACUGGACUAUGAUGAUGUUAACACGGCUGCUUUUAGCAUUUUGUCUGAGUUUGGUUAAACUUAAAUUCCCCGGAGCUCUAGGUGGGUCCCCAACCCCGAGCGCACCCAAAACUUUGGUGUGGGGUCCUGGAUUGGAGCCAAACGUGGUCCUGCCUGCCCGGUUCUUCUACAUCCAAGCGGUGGACAGCAAGGGGAAAAAUUUAACGUCAUCCCCCGGUGAAAAGGCCUUUGAGGUGAACAUCGUGUCUCCCUCUGAACCGUUCACCAGGAUCUGGAUCCAGGUUCUGGAUCGUCAGGAUGGGUCUUUUCUGGUACGAUACAGAAUGUACGCCACCUACACAGAACUGCACAUCCACAUAGUGCACAAGGACAAGCCUGUUGCCAAGUCUCCAUACAUCCUCAAAGGUGCAGUCUACCACGAGGCCUGUAACUGCCCCCAGCCCAGUGGAGCUCUGUGGGAGAAACACAUGCAGUGCCCUGAGACAUUUGCUCAGAUCGACAAAGACCUGUCCCUGUUCAAAAGUGUGGACCCUGACCUGAUCGCCCACGAGGUCCCUCUGAGGUUUGGACAGAGGCAGAGCCUGUGCCACUACACCAUCAAGGACAACAAGGUCUAUGUCAAAACGUUUGGAGAACAUGUGGGAUUUAGGAUUUUUAUGGACGCCAUUCUUCUGUCACUGACGAGAAAGGUACAGCUUUCAGAUAUUGAGUUUUUUGUAAAUCUUGGGGACUGGCCAUUAGAGAAGAGGAAAUCCACAGACAAAAUCCAUCCCAUUUUCUCCUGGUGUGGCUCGAACAACACAAGAGACAUUGUAAUGCCGACCUAUGACCUCACAGAGUCUGUACUGGAGACCAUGGGGAGAGUGAGCCUAGACAUGCUGUCAGUGCAGGCAAACACUGGCCCCCCGUGGCCUCAGAAAAACUCCACAGCAUUUUGGAGGGGGCGCGACAGUCGUCAGGAGAGACUGGAGCUGGUCAAACUGUCCAGAGCCCACCCCUCUGUCAUCGAUGCCGCCUUCACCAACUUCUUCUUCUUCAAACAUGAUGAGAGCCUCUAUGGGCCUCUUGUCAAACACGUCUCCUUCUUUGACUUUUUCAAGUAUAAAUACCAGAUAAACAUUGAUGGCACUGUGGCGGCCUAUCGGAUGCCUUACCUUCUGGCUGGGGACAGUGUGGUGCUGAAGCAAGACUCUGGAUACUAUGAGCAUUUCUACAGCCAGCUCCAGCCCUGGGAACACUACAUCCCCAUCAGAGCCGACCUGAGCGACCUCCUGGACAAGAUUCAAUGGGCCAAAGACCAUGAUGAACAAGCUAGAAGUAUUGGACAGAAAGGGCAGCAGUUUGCCCGGAGUCACCUUAUGGGAGACAUGAUAUUUUGUUACUACUAUAAACUCUUCCAGAAAUAUGCUGCACUUCAGGUUACAGAACCAACAGUGCGUAAAGGCAUGGAGCUUGUGGAGCAUCCCUCUGAUGACCUGUUUCCCUGUAACUGUCAGAGGAAGAGACUAAAAACAAAGGCAAAAGAUGAAAAGGCAAAGGAUGAACUUUGACGGACCCAAUACAGUAGAAGAAUGUUAAUGUAUUGCUGAUGCCAAAAAAUUACCAAAAUUGACUUUGAAUUUGUAUGUGUGGGUUUAUAUAAUUAUGUAGGAUUUUUACAUUAAAAUAUUUUGUACA